GAUGGUAUUAGGACUUGGAUGGCUGGGUCCCCAAAGGCGCGGAAAGUGAAGAAACAGAAUUGGCCUAGCGCUGGGGGGCGCUGGACGCCCAGGUCAUGCCCGUCCUAGCCGAGCUUCGCUCCCCUCCCCCCCUCUCCGCCCCUGACAGGACGCCCCCUCCCCGCUCUUCCUGCCCGGCUUCCUCUUGCCUUUUCCUGUCCUGUUCCCACCCAGAGCCAGGAGCACCAGGAUCCAGGCAGGAGCAGGACCCAAACCUCACCUCGGGAGCCACACGCCGCGGCCUCGGGAGGAGGGAGAUGCUGUCAGGCGAGCGGAAGGAGAGCGGGAGCCCCCGCUUCGGGAAGCUCCAUCUCCCCGCCGGCCUCUGGAUCAACUCCCCGCGGAAGCAGCUGGCGAAGCUGGGGCGCCGCUGGCCCAGCGCGGCCUCAGUGAAGUCUUCCUCCUCGGACACGGGCAGCCGCAGCAGUGACCCCGCACCAACCUCUUCAGGUCAUUCCGGCCCAGAGCUACGCCGAGUGGGGGCCGUGAAGGCAGCAGGGGGUGCCUCCGGGAGCCGAGCCCGGCGCAUCUCCCAGCUGUUCCGGGGCCAAGGGGCAGGCACCGGGGGUGGGGGCGGGUCUGGAGGCGGGGCGGGCCCUGGGUCUGGAGCUGGGGCCCAACGCUGGGCCAGCGAGAAGAAGCUCCCAGGGUUGGCUGGAGCGGUGGGUCCCGAGCCCCAGACGGCCUCGUGGGGCCUCCCGGGCUUCGGGGGCCCCAGCCCGGCCCCGGGUGUGCUGAAGAUCUUUGGCUGCGGCCUCGCCUCGGGCACCAAUUAUAAGAGCGUCUUGGCCACGCCCCGUUCCACGGCCCGCGAGCUUGUGGCUGAGGCCCUAGAGCGCUACGGUCUGGCGGCCGGCGGGCUGCCUGGAGGCGGCGGCGAAGGGGUCACGGGGGGAGGAGCCGAGGCCUUCGCGCUAUGCGAUGCUCUAGGCAGGCCACCCGCGGCCUCCGGAGGAGCUGGGGAAUGGCGGGCAGAGCACGUGCGUGUCCUGGGCGACUCCGAGCGCCCCCUGCUGGUGCAGGAGCUGUGGCGCCCGCGGCCUGGCUGGGGCCGGCGCUUCGAGCUGCGCGGCCGGGAGGAGGCGCGCAGGCUGGAGGAGGAGGGCCCGGCUGCAGCCCAGGAGGAUGGCCUGGGGGGCCCAUCGUGGCGGCCCCCGAAAAGCCGAUCGCGGGCUGCAUCGGGCCCGGGGCCGGGGCCGGGACCAGCCCCCAGCGCGGCGUCUGGCUCCGGCUCUGGCCCUAAAGAGCGGUCCGAGAACCUAUCACUGAGGCGCAGCGUGUCAGAGCUCAGCCUCCAGGGCCGCCGGCGGCGGCAGCAGGAGCGGAGGCAGCAGGCACUUAGCUUGGCCCCGGGGCCGGGGGAGCCCGGCUCGCCCUCACCGGCUUCGGCCCCGGCCCAGUCUGACUCCUUAGACGCCACUGCCGACUGGGACCAACUGGUGCAGUGUCUCAUCCAGCCACCCUCCAGCCGCCCCUAUUUCCUCAUGCUAAAGGGUUACCGAGAGGCACAGGAGUUCGUGGUGUACGUGAUGACUCGGGAGCAACACGUGUUUGGACAGGGUGGAGGGAGCUCGGGGGCCCGCGGAGCUCAGGCCCCUCACGUGGACACCUUCCUGAAUGCGCCUGACAUCCUAGCCCGACACUGUACAGUGCGGGCGGGAGCCGAGGGCCCAGCCCACGUGCGCCCAGCCCGGGGUGCUGCUGUCACCCAUAAUGGGGGGCAGCUGCUGCGGGAAGCCGAGUUGAGGCCUGGUGACCUUCUGGGUCUGGGCGAACACUUCCUUUUCCUGUACAAGGACCCCCGAGUUGCUGAGGCUGGUCGGCCCCCCUGGCUCCCUGCUCGGCCCCUGGCUGCCCCUCCAGGCCCCGGCUGGGCGUUCUGUUGCCGCCUCUGUGGGAGAGGGUUGCAGGAGCAGGGGGAGGCCCUGGCUGCCUAUCUGGAUGGUAGAGAGCCUGUCCUGCGCUUUAGGCCCAAGGAGGAGGAGGCACUUCUGGGCGAGAUCGUGCGGGCGGCGGGGACCGGGACGCAACUGCCCGCACUGGGCCCAGCCACCCUGCUUGCAAUGUGUGUAGAGCAUUCCGCCCGAGAACUGGAGCUUGGCCAUCUGCCUCGGCUGUUGGGCCGUCUAGCUCGCCUGGUCAAGGAGGCUGUCUGGGAGAAGAUCAAGGAAAUUGGAGACCGACAGCCAGAGAACCAGCCAGAGGGGUCUCUAGAGGCACCACUGAGCAUCGAGGCAGUGGCUGCUGAGCUGCGGCCUCUGAUGUCAUGGAUGGCAAACACCACGGAGCUGCUCAGCUACGUGCAGGAGAAGGUGUUGGACAUGGAGAAAGAGGCUGACCAGGAGGGCCUGUCCUCAGACCCCCAGCUCUGCAGUGACCUUGAGCUGUGUGAUGAGGCCAUGGCAGUGCUCGAUGAGGUCAUCAUGUGCACCUUCCAACAGUCAGUCUACUACCUCACCAAGACGCUGUACUCCACGCUGCCUGCGCUUUUGGACAGCAACCCUUUCACCGCAGGGGCAGAGCUUCCAGGUCCUGGGGCAGAGCUGGCUGCCAUGCCCCCGGGGUUGAAGCCCACCCUGGAAGUGUUCCAGACAGCCUUGGAACUGACCCGACAGUGUGAGCUGCACCCAGACCUGGUGUCCCAGACCUUCGGCUACCUGUUUUUCUUCUCCAAUGCAUCCUUGCUCAACUCCUUAAUGGAGAGGGGUCAGGGCCGUCCCUUCUACCAGUGGUCUCGGGCAGUGCAGAUUCGGACCAACCUGGACCUUGUUCUAGACUGGCUUCAGGGCGCAGGGCUGGGGGACAUCGCAACUGAGUUCUUCCGAAAGCUUUCCAUGGCUGUCAAUCUGCUGUGUGUGCCAAGGACUUCCCUGCUCAAGGCUUCCUGGAGCAGUCUUCGGGCAGAGCACCCCACCUUGAGCCCCGCCCAGCUUCACCACGUGCUCAGCCAUUACCAGCUGGGCCCUGGCCGCGGUCCUCCCCCAGCCUGGGAGCCACCACCGGCGGAGCUGGAAGCUAUGGACACGGGAGACAUCUUCGAGAGCUUCUCUUCGCACCCUCCCCUGAUCCUGCCGCUGGGUGGUUCGCGCCUGCGCCUUUCGGGGCCUAUUACGGAUGAUUCUUUGCACGCCGAACUGCGCAGGCUCCGCCGCCUGCUCUGGGACCUGGAGCAGAAAGAGCUGCCAGCCAAUCAGCGCCACGCGCUCCCCGUGGCCUCGUCGCCGUGAUCGGGCGUCGAGGCUUGCCGGGAAUUGUAGUUCCUUCCACCCCGCCCCUCCCCCAUCCUCCUUAGUCCCAGUUCCUAAACCUGGAAAGAACACGCGGGGGCGUUCACGGGCCUGCCGGGAGUUGAAGUUCUCAGGCGCUCCCUGGGGUGCCGUGAUUUUUUUUCCGGAGAAAUAAAGAAAUUCGGGGCUUGGA